AUGUCAUCUACUGCUUGCCCGAAUCAUGAGAUGCUGAAAUUCGAAGACGAAAUCAGACCCAUAGCCCUGCGUCGCCAACAGAAAAUGAUCAUAAGAACACAAUUUUGUACCAGAAAAUGGACAGAAGAUGCACAUACGCAGACCCAUCACCGAUCACAAUAUAUAUAUCAAGAGUUUUUUGGGAUCCCUAACGGACAUCUCGAGUACCACGAUGAAUACUCCAUUGACAAUGCUCAUGCGCACGACUGGCCUGGAUUAAGAGAUUUCCUCGACCAACUCAAGUUAUGCAAGGAUAACUGGUCUUUGGACGAGCCUGAGUUCCCUUACGGACAAUUGCCAUUCGAGGUCUUCCUUAACUGCGCUAAGACUAUACCACAUCAUCCUCCGGCAGCGGAUAUACCAUGGGCAUUCAACAUUCUGCGCAGCAAGGGCCUACUCCCAGAGCUAGUGCUGUCGAUUCUGGGAAUGGCCGGGUAUGACCAUACACAGCGCCGACUACCCGUUGCCCACGAUCCGUUUCAUCCAGACAAUCGGGAGGAGCUCAAGAAAUACCUAACCUUCUGCUGGCUUACGCUAAUCCGGUGCAAUAUAUUCGCACAAGACCUGAAGGUCAAAAUUAACUGGAAACGCAAGGUCCUCGACUCCCUACUCCGCUUUGUUGGACCGCGCGGUCGCAAGGAGCUUUUCGAAAAUGUCCACAAAUAUGAACCGGACAGGCGAGACAUAAAUUAUCUAUCAGUUUCUUGA